AUGGCUACAUCAAAGUAUACGUGGUCCGCCAACAAUGCGGAUGAUUGGGUUUUGAAAUUAGGUUUUAUUGGCGAAGGGUUUGCUGCUUCCACGAGUAGUGGCGCGUUAAUUGGGUACUCUUUGCAGAAUGUAUCAGUUCCUAUAAUCAGCAUAGACCUGGCUCACGAGACUAGCAUCAAUGACAUGAAAGUGAUUAAUGAAAAUUUAAUAGCAACUUGUUCCACCGAUGGUAUCAAAGUUUGGGACAUUAGAACAUGCAGUCAGGAAGCAAGCUUGGGCAAUGGGAAGUCAAAUUUUUUAUCACUAGCCUCGCAAGGUGAUUAUUCAUUGGCUGGGGGUACGGAGCUUUUAGGUGCCGAUGCUGAGGUGCAUAUUUGGGAUUUGAGAAACCCAGCCGAAGUGGUCAAAUCUUUUGUUGAUUCACACCAUGAUGAUGUUACUGCGCUUGAAUUUCAUCCAACUUUGAACAAUUACUUGAUGUCAGGUUCAACAGAUGGAUACGUUAACAUUUACGACCUAUCAAAAUCUGACGAGGAUGACGCAUUGCAUCAGGUUAUUAAUUUCGGGUCAGUGCAUUCGUGCCAUUUCGUAACGGAGAAAAGAAUUUCGGUGUUAACUCAUAUUGAAACUCUCUUGUUUCACGACUUAAACGACACAAAUUACGAGGAGUUGGUGAGCCCCAAGUUUGAUGAUAGAGGAGACUUGAGGCAGCAAUGGGCAGACAAUGAGUAUGUCAUAGAUGUUUAUCCAAGUGGGUAUGCAGCAUAUGGAGCAAAUUCAAGCAGCAAUUUAUUUAUCAUACCGUUCAACCCCAAGAAAGAAAAAUUUAAAGACUCAAAAACUGUUAAUUUACCGGGAGGGCACGGUGAAGAAGUAGUGAGAGAUGUUAUAAUCAAGCCAAAUACGACACAAUGUUUGACCUGUGGUGAAGAUGGCAAAAUCAAGCUAUGGGAGUUGCCGGAGACGCUCAAACAUUAUUCAAUCGGAACUGCUCCUCCUGUCGCAAUCAGCAAAGCCAAGAGUAAGAAGGACACUAAAAAGCAUCACAAAAAGGAACAUAAAAACAAGAGUCGAAGAUUCAAUCCUUAUUAA